UAAAGUUGUGGUUUAACUAUGGGAAGCUAGUUUGGGCACAAGUCCCUUACUGUACACAUCCAUUUUAUUAACUCAUUUGAAACCACUGAGAUGUAUUAUAUAUCUUUAUGUUUGAAACUCAAAUUGUUCUUAAUUGUCUGGGAAUGAUAACUGGAGUAAUCUGAAUUAUUUUCCUUCAUCAUGAAAGCAAUUGCAUGGAAACAAAAUAGGAAACACAAGAGCUAUACAAUGUAACCAUAAUUUUUGGCUCCCCAAAUUUUAGCACACAGUAUAUAAGACCGUGGUCUAAGUUAAACCAGACUUCAGAAUACGGGCCAAUUCGUGUCGCAAUUUGCGAACAUUAUAUAAUUUUGUGACAUCACCAUACACCGCGCGGCCCAAGGCGCGUUUUGAUUGUGACGUUUCAUACGUCCGCGCUUAGUUACAUGAAACAUUCAAAAAGCAUAAAAUCAGAUAUUUAGUCAUUUACACGCAUCGCGAUCGCGUGUCAAUUGUCAGUGUCAAUUGCGUUCUCAUGAAAUAUUAAUCCCUCCUCAUAUUCUAUUAUAAUAGGCUUAGGAUUUUUUUACGAUAAUGGAAAUUAAGAAAAUACAAUCACUGAACAUGGUUUUGUGAGAUUACCUGACUCUGCUAAAGAUGGAGGAAAUGAUGGAGAAGAUAAUACACUUUGAUGAAGAGGAAACGGAAGUGGACUGGACAAAAGAAGAAUCCUUCCUGAAUCAACCACAAAUAUGGCCAGCAUUCUCCCAUGCCGUUGCUACCGAGCUCUGCCUAGAGACAGGGACUGGUUCAUUGACUCCUGUACCGAAACUUGAAGAAUAUUCAGAGGCUUUUAAACCAUUUCAGAUGUUUUAUACGGAAAACGACCUGACAGGUACAACGAUUACAAAACUCAAGAAACGUCAGACUAAGAUCGUCGAGGAAUACCAAACCGACAUCCAAAGGGGACGAGGGCGUGGUCAAAGGAGACUUCGUGAAAGCAGGAUGAUGGGGCGACUGAAUAAUCUUAGCUUGCCGUUUCGAAGAAGACAUCUGCCAGAAAUUGAAAUCAAUCUCGAAGACAUCACGUACGUUCCCAACAUCGUUGCGAACUUGACUUUCGACCAAUCAACGUCUAGAACGCGCAAAAUCUCUUCAUCUUCGACCCAAACUGGACUUGUACACCAGCCGUUUUACCAGAACGUUCAGACACGGAGUAUGAAAUUGGUUUUGGAAGAUGUAUACGCGAACAAAUUCGACGCGAGGAAGCUGCUUGGAUGCCGGCUGAGUCUUGGGAGGAGGCGGCCGUGGCAAGGAAAGGCUUUGGUGAAAAUGAUUCUGGAGACAUACAUUGCGUCAAGGGUGGUGUGUCUGGUGCAGUAUUCUACGACCUUUCCUGGGCAUGCGCACAAGGUUCCCGAGGAAUGGAAACGGAAAGUCGAGAUCCAACACUGUCCAAUCGCGUUCCGAUACGCUCUUCUAAAGCGAGACAGAGAUGGAAUUAUUGAUGACGUCACGAAACCAAGCACAGAAUAAUGAACUACGUC